UCUGCCUCUGAAAGCAUGACUGAGCUGCUGGGAGGCAGUUCUUGUUUACCUUGCAGAUUUGCCAGGUGGUGGGUCAUCUGCUGUUUACCGUGUGGAAAUCCAACGAGCCAGCAGUUCGUCCUUUUCUGCUCGAACCGCUUUCAAAUCCUCCUGCAGACUGGGAGCGGAGCGGUGCUGGUUUCGAAUCGCCGACAGCACAUUGGCAUGAUGAGUACGGUACAGACAGUGUUUGCUCUGUACCCCGUCAAACUGCUGCUGCUUUGUGCCAUACUCGGCUUCCUAAACGUUCAUUGCUUUGGCUCUCGUGUUGUUGCGUGCAGUGGUGGGAAGGAGUCCCUGGGGCUGGGCGGCACCAACAGCAGCGUGGCCAACAGCAGGCGGCCCCGGUCCACAGGAGAUGUGCCGCAGCCACGCGACUGCGUGCUCUCCGCCUGGUCCUCGUGGAGCAAGUGUGAUCCCUGCCAGAAGAAAAGGUACAGGUUUGCCCGCCUGGAACAACCUUCUCAGUUCAACGGAGAGCCGUGUGAUUACUCUGACAAAGAAACUGAAGAUUGUGUUACGAAUAAUCCUUGCAGAAAUAAAGUCAGAUGUGAAGGUUUUGUGUGUGCAGUUACAGGGAGAUGCAUUAUGCGGAGGCUGCUUUGUAAUGGGGAUGAUGACUGCGGGGAUCAGUCAGAUGAAAAAAACUGCAAAAAAGUGUUUCAGAAAUGUGACCGGAAGAUGGAGCAAUACUGGGGAAUAGAGAAUCUGGCAAAAGGGUUAAAUAUCUUCACUAAAAACUUGGAAGGAUUAGUUCUUGAUCACAGGUACUAUGCUGGGGGAUGUUCUCCCCAUUAUAUUGUGGACACGAGAUUCAGAAAACCAUACAAUGUAGAAAGCUAUGUGCCAGAGACCAAAGGCAAAUAUGAAUUUACAAUGACUGAAUAUGACUCCUACUCAAGUUAUGAAAGAAAUGUCCUCAGGCAAAAAGCUUCUCAGUCUAGCUUCAGCUUCGGUAUAAAUAUAAACGGACUGUUUGAAAUUGGUUACAGUCAAAAUGACAACAGGUUCAAGAAGUUCAUUCAAAGGAUGAAAAGCUUUUCUUCAACAUCCAGCAAAUUCAUUCACGCCCGUUCUGAGCUGACUGUUGCCACUUACAAGCUGAAGCCCCGAGCCCUGAUGCUGCAUUACGAGUUCCUGCAGAGACUCCAUCAGCUCCCACUGGAGUACAGCUACGGGGAGUACAGAGAGCUGUACAGAGACUACGGGACACACUACAUCACCGAGGCUACCAUCGGUGGCAUCUACGAGUAUACUUUAGUCUUGAACAGUAAUGAGCUCCAAAAGGCAGGUUAUACUUUGAGCGAUGUCCAGAACUGUGCACAGCAUGGCUUUAAAAUUGGUGGAACUAUUAAAGGUGUCCGCUUGAGUCUUGGAAUAAACGUAGAAGGCUGUAAUGCCCUUUUAAAUGAGAUCGGAGUCACCACCGCCAAAAAGCAGUACGUGGAAGACUUCAUCGCCCUCGUUCGCGGUGGAGCAAGCGAACACGUUACUGCACUGGCCUACAAAAGCCUGCCGACUGUCACGCUAAUGCAGGAGUGGGGAGACGCAGUACAGUACAACCCCGAAAUCAUACAGCUGAAGGUGCAGCCGCUGUACCAGCUGGUGACUCCGACCGACUUCGCUAAUGCAAUCGCAAUAAAAGAAAAUCUGCGACGGGCUCUUGAUGAGUUUCAGCUGGAGACGAGUUCCUGUCGCUGCGCUCCGUGCCAGGGCAAUGGGACCCCGUUUAUGAAAGGGACAGAGUGUGAGUGCCUGUGUCCCCUUGGCUACCGUGGCACUGCCUGUGAGAUCACCAACAGAAGAGAUACUGCUAUUAAUGGAGAUUGGGGUUGCUGGGCCAGCUGGUCUCCAUGCUCAGGAGGUCAACGAACACGGAAACGACAGUGCAACAACCCUGCACCACAAAAUGGGGGUUCAUCAUGCUCAGGGCCAGAUGCUGAAACAGUUAAUUGCUAGAGGGAAUAAUUAAGAACUCACACAAAAACGAUGAGCAGGUUGCAGACUGAGUGGGAAGACGUUACCUGACUGACUUGCUAAGUUGGCUUUUCUGUGCUUACGGGUCUCAUCCACGUGUGUUGAAGUUGGAAAAGUUUCAGAAGGCUUUGGGAGUACCACACCUUUGGACAUGCUUUGCAGUUGUCCCAUGCAACUGAAUGUGCUUACUGUUCUUAAUAGUGUUCUGUGUCUACUGCAAGGGGCUAAUUGGGACGAGCUCGAUCUCCUGCCUUAUUUAGUAGCUGUAGAUUUUAAGUUUCUCGUUUAUUUUUGAAUGUUUCUUUGAGAUAAGAAAAGACUGUUUGAUCUUACGUGCGCCAGAAUGUGCACUAAUACGCAGCUUCUGUGAAGACAGCUGUGUCAUGUGGAGCAAAAUAGAGCAUAUUAAAGUCUAAAUCUCAAUGAGCACAAUAGUAUCUAGCGUGACAUUUAAAGCCGCUGUGCCUCACUACACCAGUUUCCCUACUUAUUGUAUUUACCUUAAAUUGUCUGUCAUACCAGAAAUUCUCUUGAAGGAGUGAAAACCAAAUUGUGAAGCAGUCUGGUGACACCAAGGCGUUGUUAUACGACUGAACAGCAGUUGUACUCUUACUGCAGAAGCAAGCUUCCUCCUGCGCGUUGCUGAAAGAGCAGGCACACUGAGGCUCACGUGCACCCCAGUCCGCUCAGAUACACUGAGCUGGUUACUUGGGAUGGAGGAGGAAGGACAAAGGGAUGCUUCUGGGAUGGGAAAAGGCUGUAUUUCAGUAGUUGCAUUGCUACUCCUCUCAGGUUAGGACACCUGAGAUGGAGAGAGUUCGCUAUGAAAAAAGUCAAAGCAAAACAAAUGGUUUGCCCUUUGUUACUGUCCCUGAAGCCAUGCAUCACAAGCUGGGUCAGACAAAAGAGGAACCCGUACUGAAUGCUGUGUGUGGUUCCGUGACUCACCUGAGAGGGAUUGUUCCAGGGACUUCCCUACUACAUCAUUGGUGCUUAUUGGCUUUUGCAAAGAGGUUUUUGUUAGGGCAUGCUGUAAAAUAACUAAAGACAGCUUUGUUUGGGGAAAAUAGUGCAACCAGUGCAAAGUUUCUCCUAAAUGUUGUGAGUCUUCUAACAUCAGCAAGGUCAAACGCUUUUCCAAGGGCUUUUAGCAGUGCUGGUGAUGGUGGGUUGGUAUCACCAGUUUCUCUUCUCUCAGACUGACGUUGUCUAAAUGCACUUCUUAUAAGAGCGACUCAGGCUCUCUGACAUCCGAACAAUGGAACAUGCAUUUAGUUUUAGCCCUCAUGCCGCCUCCACACUUAUCGACAAGGUUUCUGUGACAGCUUUAAGAAAGGAAGAGCACAUUGCAUAUGUGCAUAUGUAAAAUAAGCACGAUCUGUAGUCAUAAUGGGCUAUGUAAUUGAACUGCCAACCCAAAACAUUUCCCUUAUCCACUGUGUAACCGUUAUAUCUCUUGUGUGAUAGAAAAGCUUCGUUCAGGGUCAUGGUCAAUAAGGUCACUGCGUAUGCUAUAUGCAGUAUUCGUCAAUGCUUUUUGAAGAGUCCCUGCAAAAGCUGUGCAAGAGAGGACCCUGAGACCCUAACCACCAACGUGCUUUGGUUCAUGGGUGCCUUUGAGAACGUGCACUGCAGUGCAGUUGCUUGCUCUUGUUGAGAAACAUUGAUGUGAUCUGAUUAAGGAACUUUCUCAGAUGACUAGAGCUGCUUUUUAAAUUUGACCACCUUUCCUGACCAUCAAGGUGGAGAAAGCACUCUUGACACGUGGUCAUGAUGCAUCUGUCCACUGCUGCCACGAGCAGUGAAGCAGAGCCAAAUAUAGCAACCUGAAGGCUCUCGCCUGAUCAGAACAGCCCAGAUGUUUUGAAAUGGCAGUGCCUGGGUUUGGAUAUUUGGGGUUGGCUUUCGUUGCUUUUUGUGUUUGUUUUUGGUUUUGUUUUAUUUAUUUAUUUUGAGGAGGAGAGAAAAGAUUUUAUGGUCUUCAAGAUGAGCAGGAUAGUCUACCUGAAGUAUGGUUUCAGAGGUGGUUGCAUAUUGAGCCUAUAGGCUCUAGAAGCCUCCCAUAAAGGACAUAACUUUAUCUUGUCCUUGUGAUGUUGUGCUUAGAUGUAACUAACUAAUGAUUUAUUAUGACCUGGAGGGUAAUAAAAAGUACUAUGCUGAA